AUGCCGUGUGGUACGUGCCGAUCUAGUGUUUCGCCGUCAAAAAAAAUAUUGUGCGCUGUUUGUAGUGAGUAUUUCCACCAAAAAUGCAUAUCAAACUCUAUGAAAGGGAACGUGGACUUACUCAACUGGACAUGUAAUAUUUGUGAAAAUGAUUUACUUAUUAAAAAGAACGUGACAAUAAGAAAGCACGAAUCUAGCAAUAUUUCUGCAAAGUCUUCAGUUGAAGAUUUUAAUUUAAGGACAAUAAAAUACGAUAUUGUGGCUCUAAUGAAUAAAUUUGAUAGUGUAUCAGCUACUAAUGUAGAAAGUGAGAAGUCAGUAAGUUUCUGUUCGGCAAAACUGGAUGACUGCUGCAAAAAAAUUGAUUCUUUAUUCUCUCAAAUGAACCUUCUUGUUAAAAAAGUUAAUGAUCUUGAUGCUAAGUACUCAAAUCUUGAAAAAGAAAUUAAUUUACUUAAAAUUAAUCUAAAUAAAUCUGAACAACAAUCAUUGACAAAUAACGUAUCAAUAAGCGGUAUUCCAAUUACUAAGAAUGAAAACGUCGAAGAAAUAAUCAAGGCUACUGCUAAAGCCUUAAAUGUUGAUAUUCGUAAUGAAGAUAUUCAAUCUGCUUACCGUUCUAAUGUAAAUAAGAACAACGACAGUAAGAUAAUAGUUUCAUUUAAUAGUAAAACCGUUAAAGAUGUGUUCUUAACCAAAACUAAGGCACUUCAAUUAAAAAAACAACCAUUAAAAUCAAACCAAAUACAUAGUUCUUUCCCUGAUAGAAUUAUUUAUAUUAACCACGAACUUACGCCACUAUUCAGAAAAUUAUUUUGGUUAGCAAAACAGUUUGCAAAUAUUUAUGGUUGGAAAUACAUAUGGAGUAGCCCGAAUGGUAUAUAUUUGAGAAAAAAUGAAGGAAAAGCAGCUAUGAAGUUACAAUCAAUUAGUGAUCUACUCAAGCUUGAUGAAGAAAAUAAAAUACGUCAUCUUAUUGACCCUGGCUCUAACGCUUCUACUAGGAAGUAG